AUGUCUUUUCGAUAUGGUCCGGGCUUCCUGGCGACCCUUCUCACUGUUGCAAAUAUCCUAAUUCCGCUGGCGAUUGUCACCUUCGCAACCGGCUUCUUCCCUUACAAGCCAGUUCUCCCUGGUCUGGCCAAGUAUGAAACUUUAGAUUACGGCCCGCCGCCCGCCGCGCCUUUCGACCGCCUCAUUUUCAUGGUGGUCGAUGCCCUACGAAGACUUAUUCGCAAUGGAGCCGCUCUGCCCUUCACUGCAUAUGCUCGGUCGCCGACCGUCACUAUGCCCAGGAUCAAGGCCAUCACAACAGGCUCGAUCCCGUCCUUCUUGGAUGUCAUUUUGAAUCUUGAUGAAGCCGACACGUCUUCCACUUUGGCCGCUCAGGACACUUGGUUGGCACAGAUGAAGGCCAAGGGGGCCGGAGAGCUAGCCAUGUAUGGAGAUGAUACCUGGCUCAAGCUCUUUCCCGGAACCUUCGACCGCUCUGACGGCACUUCGAGUUUCUUUGUAGCAGACUUCACCGAGGUAGAUAACAAUGUCACCAGACACAUCGACACCGAACUACAGAAUGACGACUGGAGCACGUUGGUUUUGCACUACCUUGGCCUCGACCACAUCGGACACAAGUCGGGACCACGAAGCUCGCAUAUGGUCCCUAAACAGCAUGAGAUGGAUGACAUCGUCAAGCGCAUCUACAGCGCUAUGGACACCCAAAGUCACAUGUCCUCGGCCUUGCUGGUCCUCUGCGGAGACCACGGUAUGAACGACGCUGGUAAUCAUGGAGCCUCGUCUCCCGGGGAGACCUCCCCGGCACUUGUCUUCAUAUCGCCGAAAAUAAAGGCCCUGCAACGCAACCUGUCGGCCCCUGCUGCGUUCAAAGAGGACUUCUCUUAUUAUACCAUGGUUGAACAGUCGGAUCUAGUUCCUACACUAGGUGCUCUGCUAGGUUUCCCUGCGCCAAAGAACAAUCUGGGCGCGUUCAUCUCUGAUUUCCUGCCCUUCUGGCCUGACAGGAACGACCAAGUCCAGUUGCUCAUUCGCAACGCUCGCCAGAUAUUGAAAGUUGUAACAGCGACGUUCGGCCCAGAGAUGUUCGACACCGCAACCACCUCGGCCCGGGAGGCUUGCGCAGGCCCACAAGACGAUGCUCAAGAGCUGGCUUGCGAAUGGCAUCGCGUCAAUGACGCACUCAAAAACAUGGAUGGUCAGGCAGAACUAGACCCGAUCUGGCUCGAAGCCAUGUCCAAGUGGCUCAGUAAAGCGCAGGAUCUCAUGAGCGGCAUGGCCAGCAACUACGACAUGGAUAGAUUGCACAUUGGCGAAGCCGUGGCCAUCCUCGCUACCGGCUCUCUUGUCUUCGGCGCCCGGCUCAGCCUCAUCCCGUUGCUCGCCAUCGCAGUCGCGUACGGCGUCAUGAUGUUCGCGAGUAGCUAUGUGGAAGAAGAGCAUCACUUCUGGUACUGGACCACGUCCGCCUGGCUGGGCAUUCUAGCCAUCAAGAAGAUGCAGACCACUCGCGCCCCUAUAAAAACCCUUCUCUCGCUCCUGCUCGCAUUGACAGCCACCCGACUGAUCCGGGGAUGGAAUCAAACGGGCCAGAAGCGCGCCGGCGAGCCCGACAUCGUCAAGACUUUCAUCGCGGCGAACCCUCACUUCCUCUGGACCGUCGUUAGCUUGACUUACCUCUUUCUCUUUGUCCAAAUCCUUAGACAACUCCGCGGCCUGCCUCGCGCCCUCGCAGUCGCCACGUCCGCCACCCUUGCCCUCUCUGCAUUUACCUUCAAGGUCGCCUUCACCAAUGAAGACGCUCCCGAGCUCGUCACCGGCGUCCCGGCGACCCUCAACGCCCUCAUCCAGGGCCUGUCUCUUGUAACCCGGGCCAGGACCGUCUUUGCCGGCGUUGCCGCUACUGCGGCGUACUCAACCUACCUCACGCUCUCUAAUCCGCGUGUCGAGGCGAGACACACAUCCCCCUUACUCCACCACCUCAUCACCCUCCUCCUCGCCACCCAGUCCCGCGUGACAAACAUACCACUCCUCCUGCUGUUCACAUUUCAGCUUCCUUUCCUCGCUUCCCUCGACCUCGGCCUGCCCGCACUCUCCACAACCUCCUUGCUGCUGCAGUACGCCUCCUUCUUCGCCUUUGGCGGCACCAAUGCCAUCUCCUCCGUCGAUCUAUCGAGCGCCUACAACGGCGUCGCGGGCUUCAGCGUCAUCGCCGUCGGGGUCUUGACCUUUAUCGGCAAUUGGGCCGGACCGAUCUACUGGGCGUCCGCAACGAAUCUGCUACUGCUUCAGUACCGCAGCCGCAGGGCCGGCGACGCAGCCGACGGGAGAAACGUCUUCUUGCAGCACGUCGGCCACAUGACGCUCUUCACGGCGUGCAGCGUCGCCUUCAUCAUGGUAGCUUGCGAAGCAUUGCGGACACACCUCUUUGUGUGGACAGUCUUUUCACCGAAGUACCUUUACUGCAUGGCCUGGAGUAUUGGGCAGCAUCUACUCAUCAACGUCGUCAUCGUUGGCCUCUUGUACCGACUGGGAUCUGCGUGA